AUGACACAAUUACCUUCCAAGCAGAAGGGUGCCCUCUCGGCUGUUAGGCGCAGUCAAGCUUUGGCACCCGUUCCAGCUAGCGUUCAAAAUGCCCGUCCCUCUGGUGAAGAGAAACAACAGGUCAUGGCUCCAAAAACACCCGAAAAAAAGAAGGAACAACCGAAGGAGAGAAAGAAGAACCUCCCGGACACACCGCCACCAAUUAUCACUGAUUCCAGGCGAGGGAUGGAUUACCGUCGUGAGAAAUCACUAGGAGAGGGAGGAUUUGCCCGUUGUUUUGAAGUAUACAAUCCCGACAAUGAGGUUUUCGCCGCUAAAGUUGUCUCAAAAAAAUCCCUGAGCUCGCAGAGGAUGAAAUCCAAAUUCCUUGGAGAGUUGCAAGUGCAUAAAACAAUGGAGCACCCCAACAUUGUUCGGUUCAAAGAAUGCUUCGAGGACUCACAAAAUGUGUAUAUGAUUCUGGAACUUUGUAAUAACAAGUCGCUGAUGGACCUCCUGCGAAGGAGAAAGUUUUUCAGUGAGCCCGAGGCGCGCUUUUUCUUGAUUCAGAUGCUCGGUGCUGUGAAGUAUAUGCAUUCUAGGAAUGUCAUUCACAGGGACCUCAAGCUUGGGAACAUAUUUUUGGACGAAAAUUUAAACGUCAAGAUUGGAGACUUUGGCUUGGCCGCUUUGUUAAUCGAUGGGACGGAGAGAAAAAAUACUAUAUGUGGUACACCCAACUACAUUGCGCCCGAGGUUUUGUUUGGCAAGGAAGAAGGUCAUUCGUUCGAAGUCGAUCUCUGGUCACUAGGUAUCAUAUUGUACGCUAUGCUGAUCGGCAAGCCACCCUUCCAGUCAAGCGACGUGAAGGAAAUAUACCAGAAGAUUAAGGUCGCGACUUUCUCAUACCCGAACAAUCCACCACAACAGAUCUCACAUGAGGCGAAAGACCUUAUAAAGUCCCUCUUGAGCCCAGAUCCUCGAAACAGGCCAACCAUCGAUGAUAUUGCCGAUCAUUCUUUCUUCAAAACAGGAUAUUUCCCCAGACAACUCCCUAUCGCAACACUUAGAGUGGUUCCAGCUUGGGACGAUCAGGCUUCGAGCAGUAAAGGAGCAUGGUACAGAAACUUUCUCGAAGUGGCUCGCGUCUCUGGUGUUGGUCUUGGAAUCGAGGGUGUCGGUGCUUCACGAGGAAAGGGUGUUGAAAUUCUACCCAUCAACGAAGACAACGACGAACCCAUGAGUAAUGUCGUCGUCCAGGCCCCUAUUGGCCAAAAGAUGAUUGUUGCCCCUGUUGUCCUGCUUUCUCCAGCCAGUCAACGAACAAAGCCGAAUCAGCGUAUGAUCCCAGAAGAACUUUCCCCAAAGAUCACAAAGACCAGAAACAUAGGCGGGAUGCCCAAGAUUCCAUCGAGGUUAAAUCCAUUGAGGGAGAUGCAGCAGCAGCGAGCUAGUAAGGAUAGCUUGGCUCUUGCGCCUCUUGAAGGAUUCCGUGAUUUGAAGAUAAGCUCGGAUAAGAACGAAAAUGCCCCUGCCUCCGCUAAUGCGAAUGGGUAUAAGCUGCCAUCCAAAAUCGGCCAGAGAGGGGUCAUCCUCGACUCCAAGAUUAGGGCCCCGAAACUACCAACAGUGUAUGCUGCUGGGAGCUCCCGAUCAAAUCCCAUCGAUGUCGAGUCAACUGCUUCGCAACCGGCUCAACGAAAGCCCUCCUCCGAGAGCACCACUCCCAAUUACCGCAGUAAUCUAAUUCCUAAUGCCUCCCGGGAGGUCGUGAUUGAAAACAUUAAGCAAACCCUAAAAUCGCUGUCGGCUUUCAAUAAAAGAACAGUCGACACCCUGCCGCCGCAGCCGAAAGAAACAAGAAUUGCGAUUGAUCAAACGAAUAGAGCGAGGAUCACACCGAUGAAUGUUGAAAAUGGCGCGUGGAUUACCAAAUGGGUCGACUACUCUAAUAAGUACGGAGUCGGUUAUAUUUUGAACGACAAUACUACUGCCACGAUCUUCAAGGAUGGAACAAACAUCUUGCUGGACUUCCCGAAACCUGAUUUUGAUAUGGAGUCAGCCCUGAUGGAAUAUGUUGUCCCGAAGAAAGCCACCCGAACUACAAUGUUGCUCAAAGACGCCGCCAGAUUUAGGUCAUCUGGAUUGGCUGACAAAGCAGGCAUCUGUAAGAAGUUGGGUGACUUCAUGCUCAAUAAACUGGGUAAUGCAACCCCCGAUGGGGAAACUGAGACCUUUGGUGCUCGCUCCGUCGAUCAUUCACAGAAGUCUUACAUUAGCCAUUUUGUUCGUGUCAAUGGUGGCGUUGGCCCCGAUGGCAAAGAAAUAAUUUAUGCCGUCUUCCGCCUUGAUGAAGGAGGUUUCCAGAUUAACUUCCCUGAUCACUUCAAGAUUAUCUUGCACCAUGAUGGGCGAACCAUUCGGUUCUUUGAUCAAUCGAGAAUUGUCUACACCGUCUCGCUAGAAGAACUCUACACCCUCGCGCAUACUAAGCGACAGACGGGUGUCGCGGUUCUUCUAUCGAGAAAUGAUAUCCAUAAGAAAAUGCAAAUCUUCCAGUCCAUCUUGGAGGGAUGGUUAAGCUGCGAUUCCAAAACGGGUGAAUUCCUUAGGAAGGGUCAAAAGCUGGCAGUUGGAGAAAUCGUGAUCGCUCUUGGUGGAUACUCGGACCCUGCUUAA